GCUAGUGCAUGAAUCUUCCUUUACGUUCUCGGCGGUCGUACUUCGCGUCGUGUUGACCGAAGUACAAUUUUAUAUCCAUUGUGAUAUAAAUAAUCAGUUAGAUUUUUCGUUAAAACAAUGGUUCAAAAGAAGCCGAAGAAGAAGGUAGGGAAGAAGGUGGCAGCUGCACCACUUGCAGUGAAGAAGGUUGAGCCGAAAAAACAAACUAAUCCUCUGUUUGAAAAACGUCCCCGCAAUUUUGGUAUUGGCCAAGAUAUUCAACCGGCACGAGACCUUAGUCGUUUCGUAAAAUGGCCCAAAUACAUUCGCAUUCAACGACAGAGGGCCGUAUUACAAAAAAGAUUGAAAGUACCACCACCAAUUAAUCAGUUUACCCAAGCAUUGGAUAAACAAACAGCAACACAAUUAUUCAAAAUGUUGGAAAAAUACAGGCCUGAAUCAGCAGUCAUGAAAAAGAUGAGGUUGAAAGCAAGAGCUGAACAAAAGGUUGCAAAGAAAGAGGAUACCCCAACGAAGAAGCCUAAUGUGCUGCGUAGUGGAACCAACACAGUAACUACGCUUGUUGAACAAAGAAAGGCUCAGCUUGUAGUAAUUGCACAUGAUGUUGACCCAAUAGAAAUUGUACUCUUCCUACCUGCUCUCUGUCGUAAAAUGGGUGUACCUUACUGCAUUGUAAAAAGUAAAGCGCGUUUAGGUCGUCUUGUUAGGCGUAAAACGUGCACAGCAGUAGCUUUGACUCAGGUGGACUCCGGUGACAGAGCUAACUUCUCGAAACUCGUUGAAGCUAUUAAGACCAACUUCAAUGACAGAUAUGACGAAAUUAGACGUCAUUGGGGUGGUGGUCUCCUAGGUAGCAAAUCUGCUGCUAGAAUAGCUAAGUUAGAAAAAGCUAAAGCGAAGGAACUUGCGCAAAAGCAGGGUUAACAUCAUCCUGUUACUUUGGUAUUGUUUACACUGUACAACAAUAAAGUAUAAAAUCCAAGA